CACUACGUGCCGAACCAGCCUGCGGCUAUAUAUACUGUGCACUAUACACAGUUUUACACAUAUCCAACCAUGCAAUGCAAGCGUACUAAAUUUGCAGUGUCAGAUUAAUUAACACCUGGUAGUUGUGUGCAUGUACAUGCAAAUGGACUCUUCCUACCUCCACCUCGUCCUCCCCGCCGCCGCCGCCGCCGUCGUCGUCGCCGUCGUCCUACUCCUCUCGCUGUGGCGGCGCUGCCAAACCACGUCGAACCACCGGCCGCAGGCGAACCCAAUCCUCGGCAACCUCGUCGCCUUCCUCGCCAAUGGCCACCGCUUCCUCGACUGGUCCACGGGCCUCCUCGCCGCGGCACCGGCAUCCACCAUGCAGGUGCACGGCCCGCUCGGCCUCGGCUACUGCGGCGUCGCUACGGCGAGCCCCGACGCCGUCGAACACAUGCUGCGCGCCAGCUUCCACAACUACGUCGACAAGGGCGACCGCGUCCGCGACGCCUUCGCCGACCUCCUCGGCGACGGCCUCUUCCUCGCCAACGGCCGCCUAUGGAGGCUGCAGCGGAAGCUCGCCGCCAGCUCCUUCUCCCCGCGCUUGCUCCGCCUCUUCGCCGGCCGCGUCGUUCUGGACCAGCUGCGCCGCCGUCUCCUGCUGUUCUUUGACGCCGCCGCUGACGCCCGGCGCGUCUUCGACCUUCAGGAUGUGCUCAAGCGCUUCGCCUUCGACAACAUCUGCAGCGUCGCGUUCGGCGUGGACCGGGACGACAGCUCGCCGUCGUCGUCGUCGCCGUCGCGGCUGGAAGCCGGCGGCGAUGGCCGGGACGACGCGUUCUUCGCGGCGUUCGAUGACGCCAUUGAUAUCUCCUUCGGCCGCAUAUUGCACCCGACGACCUUGGCGUGGAAGGCGAUGAAGCUCCUCGACGUCGGCAGCGAGCGGCGGCUCCGUCAGGCGAUCGGCGUCGUCGACGAGUACGUGACGGCGAUCAUGGAGUCGAAGCAACGGUGCAGUGACAGUGAAGAGGAGUCGGACUUGCUGUCACGCUUCACGGCGGCGAUGAUGGAGGAAGACGGCGGCAACGAGCUCGGCGCGAUGUUCGACUCGCCGGAGGCGAAACGCCGGUUCCUGCGCGACACCGUCAAGACCUUCGUCCUCGCCGGGAAGGACACCACGUCCUCGGCCCUAACAUGGCUGUUCUGGUUUCUCGCCGCCAACCCGGAGUGCGAGCGGCGCGUCUACGAGGAGGUCACCGCCCUGCGUGGCGACACCGCCGGCGACGAGAGAGACGACGGGUACGAGGAGCUGAAGCGGAUGCACUACCUCCACGCGGCGAUCACCGAGACGAUGCGGCUGUACCCGCCGGUGCCCCUGGCGUCGCGGGUGGCGGCGGCGGACGACGUGCUCCCCGACGGCACGGUGGUGCGCGCCGGGUGGUUCGCCGACUACUCGUCGUACGCGAUGGGGAGGAUGCCGCAGCUGUGGGAGCGAGACUGCGGCGAGUUCCGCCCGGAGCGGUGGCUCGACGGCGGCGGCGGCGGCGGCGGGCGGUUCGUGGCGGUGGACGCGGCGCGGUACCCGGUGUUCCACGCCGGGCCGCGCUCGUGCCUCGGGAAGGAGAUGGCGUACGUGCAGAUGAAGGCCGUGGCGGCCGCCGUGGUCCGGAGAUUCUCCGUCGAGGUGGUGCCUGCCGCGGCGGCGAAUGCGCCGCCGUCGCCGCCGCCGCACGAGACGGCGGUGACGCUGAGGAUGAAGGGCGGGCUCCGUGUACUGCUCACGAGGCGCAGGGGCGUGUUGUCCCAUGCAUAGACCAUCGCCUGGGCAUGUGGGCACGAAGCUAUACAUGGCCAAAUGGGCCGCCUUAUCAUGCCGGGCCGGGCUCAAGUGCUGCACCAACGGCCGAAUAAGACUUUCGUGCCGGGGCCGACCGAAGGCACGAAAGCCCACCUUGUCUUGUAAAAAGUUUAUUUUGCUUUCCUCAUCUCUUUAGGCCGUCUCUUAUAUAGCUCUAAAUAAGUCUAUUUUAGGUCCCUCAUAUCAUUAGGCUGUGCAUUAUAUGAUUGGAAUAAAUAUAUUUUGGAACUCUCAACUA